AUGCACCAGCCAACGGAUGCUUGUCAUCUGGCAUUGACACCUUCGUCCGAUUGUGCCGAGGUCAAUGAGAGGCGGAUUGCGCUGUUUCAGGCAGUUCAAGGGGAUCACGAUGCUUGGGUUCGCGCUCUGGUUAACGACGGCGCAGACGUCGACGCUCGAAGUGCGGCAGAAUUGUCUUUUGAGAACUGGCUGUUAUUGUUAGGGACCCUGACGCAGCAAAAGCCACUACCGAAGAUUCAACGUCUCAAGAAAGGGCAUACAGGAAUUGUCCAAAGAUUGCUUGAAUUCGAAGCAAAAGUCGACGUCAAAGACGCACAAGCUCAGACUCCAUUGAUUUGCGCAGCCAAGAACGGUCACGAAUCAAUAAUGGAAGUCUUGAUCGCUAAGAAUGCUGCGCUGGAGGCACGGGAUACAUAUGGACGAACCCCGCUUCUAUGGGCCGCUUCUAUCGGAAGCUUGAAUGCAGUCCACACGCUUCUCCAAAGAGGGUGCAAUGUAAAUACGUCCGAUAUACUGCAUUGGACUCCUCUCGGAUUGUCAAUAGCGCCUAAAUACGAUAUGGGGAAGAUGAUCGAUCUGUCAUCCGAGUCCGAAGAGGUCAUUCGCCGCCUCAUCCGGUGGAGGGCGAAUGUGAACUGCACCAACAUACACGACGAGACCCCAUUGCUUUUGGCUGCUCGGCGCGGACGUUGCGAAAUAGUGGUCAUGCUGCUCCGAGCCAGAGCAGAUCCUAAUAUUACAGACCUCGAAGGAUCGACACCUCUCAUGGCCUCAGCCGCGAUCGGCAGAGUAGAUAUCGCGAGAAAUCUCCUAGAAUCAGGUGCACUCGUUACAGUUGAGGACCGGCAAUGUCGCUCCGCUCUAACGAUUGCCUCCGAUAACGGAGAUCUGGCCAUGACGGAGCUUUUACUAGAUCAUGGUCCUAGCGUUGACACGAAAUUCAUGUCAGGCCGAACGCGUUUACACUGGGCAGCCAUGAACUCUGACUGCGUGAUAGCAGGGGCGCUGUGCGCCAGAAAGGCUGACCUUGACGCCGUUGAGGAUCACACGCUGUACACUCCAUUGUUCUAUGCGGUCAGGGAGGGUACCAUUCAUAUAGUUCAGGUUUUGCUGGCGCAUGGCGCCAGCCUCGAAGCCAGAGAUCGAGAUGGCAGGACUGUACUCUUUGACGCAGUGGGCCGAGGCCAUCAGACAAUCACAGAGUUGCUACUGGAGCACGGCGCUGAUGUGAUGGCAGUGGAUGGAGAUCAGGAGACAGCCCUGCACCGAGCUAUCAAGCACGGGAAUAAAGCACUGGCUGACUCACUGGUAUCGCGCGGCGCUACGUUAGACCGCCUAUAA